GCCUAGUUAGUUGGUACAAGAAACUGUGAAAGUACUCUCGUCAACGCAGGUUCUGGUUCCUUUUUCUGGUUCCUUCACCUCAUCCUGCAGCCACCCUCGUCAUGGAAAGCCACCUCGUAUUCGACGCGGGACUCACACCGGCAGACCGCGUCGUCCUGGAUUGUCUUGCCGACGACGUGAGAGCGUACACCAAGUCUCAAGAGGCCAGCGGAACCAGCACCGGCACGGAUACUGCUGGAAAUGAGAACGGCUCCGUCAACCUGUCAAAUGCCGGCGGCACAGCUACGCUGCUGAGCCGAGCGCGCCCUCAGCUGCACGACGACACCGAUAGUGUGGAUGCUCUCAAAGCCAAGAACGAUCCCGACCACGCCGAUUUUGAGCCCACCGUCUUCUGUUCCUAUGACUUGAGCUCACUGAAGCUCCCGUUGCCCAUUGAGAAAUAUGUCUUCCAGCCCUAUGUGUCAUGGGCUCGCAAGGCUGUUCGUCAUGAGACAGACGUGGUGAUGCUCACGCACCUCAUCCUCUAUGCCACCACCUCAAUCCCCAGCAUCCUGUACCUCUUCUACAACUUCACAUACGUCCACGCCAUUUUCCAUGUUGUGAUGCAGUUCUACUACAUGGGCACUUACACGUUGAUGAUGCAUCAGCACAUUCACAUGAGAGGCAUCCUGCACAAGAGGUUUUCUCUCAUCGACAAAGUGUUCCCAUUCAUCCUCGAUCCUAUGAUGGGCCAUACCUGGAAUACCUACUACUACCACCAUGUCAAGCAUCAUCACAUUGAGGGCAACGGACCCGACGACUUAUCAUCGACCAUGAGAUAUCAGCGUGACGAUAUCAUUGAUUUCGCUCACUAUGUCGGUCGCUUCUUUUUCUUCGUCUGGGCCGAUCUUCCCUUGUACUUCUUGCGCAAGAACCGAAAGGUCAUGGCUGCUCAGGCUGCAGCUUCCGAGUUUGGGACAUACGGCUUCUACUACGUGGCAAGCCGAAUUGAUGGCCGAGCGACCAUCUUCGCAUACAUGAUGCCUCUUCUCCUGCUUCGCCUCGGCUUGAUGGUGGGAAACUGGGGUCAACACGCCUUUGUUGACGUGGAGCAACCGGACUCGGACUUCCGAUCCAGCAUUACGCUUAUUGAUGUCGCGAGCAACCGAUUCUGUUACAACGACGGCUAUCACACAUCUCAUCACUUGAACCCAUUGAGACAUUGGCGAGAUCACCCGGUGUCUUUCCUGCAGCAGAAGCACAUCUACGCUAAGGAGUGCGCACUGGUGUUCCACAACAUCGACUACUUGAUGGUCACAUUCAGACUCAUGAUCAAGGAUUAUGAGACGCUGGCCAAGUGCAUGGUCCCCUUGGGCGAUCAAAUCCAACUCACGAUGGAGGGAAGAAUUGAGCUAUUGAAGAAGCUCACGCGGAAGUUCACGGAUGAACAGAUCAAGGAGAAGUACCCGCCUAAGAAAUAGAACGGGACCGCUGUGCUUGGCCGGCUUGGCCUGAUCCUGACCUCAAAAAGGUGAAUGCAAUUGGAGCAUCGCGUGCAUAUAGAAUAGCAUCAGAAAGGAGUUGAGGCUGCUAAAAUAUUUAUUGACGUUGUUAUCC